GGCGGCGGCGGCGGCGGCGGGGCCGGGCCGGGCCCGGCGAGGCCGCGGGGCCAUGACCGAGUACAAGCUGGUGGUGGUGGGCGCCGGCGGCGUGGGCAAGAGCGCGCUGACCAUCCAGCUCAUCCAGAACCACUUCGUGGACGAGUACGACCCCACCAUCGAGGACUCGUACCGCAAGCAGGUGGUGAUCGAUGGCGAGACGUGCCUGCUGGACAUCCUGGACACGGCGGGGCAGGAGGAGUACAGCGCCAUGAGGGACCAGUACAUGAGGACAGGAGAGGGCUUCCUCUGCGUCUUCGCCAUCAACAACAGCAAAUCCUUCGCCGACAUCAACCUCUACAGAGAACAGAUCAAGAGAGUGAAGGACUCAGAUGAUGUGCCCAUGGUGCUGGUGGGGAACAAGUGUGAUCUGCCCACGAGAACAGUGGACACAAAACAGGCCCAAGAACUGGCAAAAAGCUACGGAAUCCCCUUCAUAGAGACCUCUGCAAAAACGAGACAGGGUGUGGAAGAUGCUUUUUACACCCUGGUGAGGGAGAUCCGGCAGUACCGGAUGAAGAAGCUCAACAGCAGCGAGGAUGGGAACCAGGGCUGCAUGGGAUUGUCCUGCCUGGUCAUGUGAGAAGAUGCCAAGGAAACUGGUUCAGGUGCAGCUGCUGGACGAGCCUCGAUCUGUGCUGCCUCUCCUGCUGAUCCCUGCAGUGUUUGGGUGCCAGGGACAGGCUCUGGGCACCAGAGUUAAUUAGCACAAGGACCUUCUCCGUGCUCCAUCUGAAGAGAACAUCCAUGGCCUCUACCUCCCUGCUCAGCUCAGGAGCAGCAGCACCUCGGGACGUGCUGGGAUUCUUCUCUCACUGUGUUACCUGGCUUUGUUCCAGAAGAAAACCAGUCACAAAAGUGAACUAUAGAGACUAAAUGCUGUGAAAAAGAUGACACUUUACCUCUAGAGUAAAAGCUAGAAGUGCUGUGUGUCCCCUGUCUGUUGGAUCCCGUGCAGUGCUGUCAGAGGAGUGGCACAGUUAGUGUCACACGGGCUUGUGCCACCAGCAGUGCCCCUGUCCCCUCUCAGCUGGGUGUCUGCUCUCUGUGCACCUGUACAGCAAAAGUGCAACAUCUCCAGUGCCAGGAGUGCCACCUACCUGAUCCUCCAUUUCUGUAAUAAAAAGGAAAACCUUUCCUAACUAAGUGCCUGUUUGCUAAGAAGAUUUGAAGUUGUCCCUUGGGUUGAGGAAAACCCCAAGGACUGGAAUUUCUUGGGAGCUCAUUGUGUCAAGCAGGCAAGUGUGCUGUGGGUGACCUGGGCCUGACAGGAUCCUCCAGCAGGAAUUUGGAGGCUGGAAGGUCCAGCAGGCACUUGAGAGACUCUUGGACAAGGGAGGGGACACACUGCAUCUGUGUUUUACUUUCUUUGUGGGUGGAACAGUUUAUAUUCUGUAUUGUUUUCCUGCAGCAUUCAGAUCUCUUCCAAGUUGGACCAAACCUGUCAGCUGUUCAUUUUUAACAUGAACUGCCAAUAUUUCUGGGCAGCUUCUCACUAAUUAAUCUGGUAACUGGAGGUUGCUUUGGACAGCUGCUAUUCAGCUCUCUCUGUAACUUGCAAAUUGUUUUAUUCUGAAUUAUUUUCUUACCACAGACUGUAAAGAGUCUCUUCAAAAUGUCUCUAGACUGUAAAAUGUAGUUGGAGUUUCCGUGUCAGGGAAGCAGUGGGGGGGUUGGGGUUGACUCUGGCAGGGUGCAGGAAGUGUCUGGAGGUGCCCCAGGCCAGGCUGGAGCAGCCUGGGGCAGUGGAGGUGUCCCUGCCAUGGCAGGGCUGAAUGGGAUGAGCUUUAAGGCCCUUUCCUGCCCAAACCACCCUGGGGUUCUGUGAUGGAGGGGAGAGGGCUGAGAGCUGCCACGGGCACCUGAGCCAGCUUCUGAUUGCAGCAUCUUGCAAAAUGAGGAAGGAAAUGAGCUCAGUGAUGGCUCCUCAGGAGGUGUGGCACAGGCUGGUGGAAUCCUGGGCUCUCUCUGAGCCAGGGAAUUGUGAGCUGAGCCAGCUCUGCCCAGGACAGAGCACCCUCCCCUGGUUACCUGUGCCCAGGUGUGCUCUGUGCUGCAGAGCCUCCCGUGCCCUGGGGUGCUGUGCCCUCCCCUGCCCUUGUGCUGCUGGGCUGGGUCCUGGAGGAGGAGGAGGAGGAGGAGGAAGGAGCCCUCAGCCAACAGAGGGAGCAUUUGGUCAGUGCCAGGCAGCAGAGCAGGAGGCUCAGUUUCAGGUUGUUGAUGUCAGUCACACAUCUUAAUUUAGAGUGCUCAAUUUCAAAUGGAAUUGGAAAUCUAAACAGAGAGAGAAGAAUUUUUUCCUUUUAGUGUUGCUUCCUUCUCUACUUACAGUCUUAAUUCUCUUCUUGGAAUGAAGAGGAUCAAUCUGCAUCACAUCUUCUUUAUCUGUGAUAAUCCUUAUAAAUACUUUUUUCAAUUUAACUUUGACUGAUGUGACUGAUAAGAAUUAAACCCACAAAAAGUGUAACAUCAAAUAUUAUUUUCCAGCAACAUACACACAGUGGUGGGCAGAACUGUGGGGACCAUUGGCUCGAGUUCUGUUUGUUUGAUGUUGCCCAGAGCAGCUGUGGCUGCCCCAUCCCUGGAAGUGUCCCAGGCCAGGAUGGAGCAGCCUGGGGCAGUGGAAAGUGUCCCUGCCCAUGGGAUGAGCUUUAGGGCCCCUUGCAGCCCAAAGCAUUCCAUGAGUGCAGGUUAAAGCUGGCAGAGCUGCCACCCUGCACAGCCAGGGCUCAGAAGGCUUUGGCAGGAGGAUUUUCUGUGGAAGCCUUCCCUGCUCCUGAAGAGCUGUGUGGCACAAGGGCUGCCAGUUAAUAAAAACCCCUGGGAAAUGAGGAAAAGCCUUUGGGAUACACAUCUGGCCACGUGGGGCCAGCAGGAAGGGCAGUGUGGGGUUGUGAGGACACUGAAUGGUGACACUGUGUCACCCAGGCCCAUGGAUGGGGUUUGGUUCUUGGGAAAUGCAGGAAUUUGUUUCCUGGCCACAGCACAGCUGCCUGUGGCCUUGGAAGCCUCUGGAUUUGAUGUUUGAAGGGUGUGUGGUCAACCUGGAGAAUUAUUUGGAUGGAGGUUCAUCACAGCAGUGCUCCCCACUGCUCAGCUCUGGCUGCCAGUAAAAUGUACCAGCUGUAGCUCCAAAGGCUGGGAAUUCUCAUCCCUGUGUGGGAACUGACUGGAAAAUGCAUCUGCUGCUCUUUGCUGUUCCCUUUCUCUUGGGCUCUAUAAAACCUGAAAAGGGAAGAAGCCCUGGUGAGGACAGGUCUGUGUUUGUGUCACCUUUGAACCUUUACAAUGGUUUUUAGGAUUUUUUAAGUUUUUAGGGUGCUGCAGAGCUGACCUGCACAGGUGAUACUCCCAAGUCCAUCAGUAUAGUUCCAAAUCCAGCAAAAAAUACAAAAUCAGGGUGUUGUACUAGUCAGGAGUGAACUGAAUGGUUGUAAUUUGUUCUCACCUGCCUCACAGAGAACCCUGGGUUUGGUGGAAUCCAAGAACUGGAAGGACAAAGCCCUGUGAACUUUGGGGAAAACUAUUUAGAAGACAAGCACAGAAGGUUUUGCACAAGACAGGUCCCUGGAAAAGGUGCUUUAGUAGCUUUGGUCCAAAUAUUGUAAUUUAGAACAGCACAACUCUGCACUGGUGCCAAGCUGAUCUCACUGCCCUUGCUGGACAGAACAGACACGAAGAACUUUGGAGGUAAAAUAUGAAAAAUGGGUAAAUAUUAAAGAAGGAAAGCUCUUGUUCAGAACUUCCAAGUGCCAAUGACUGGAAGAAAUGUUUCUCUUGCUGUGGCUGAGCACAGCUCAGUGGAGCCAGUGGAAUCCUGUGGUUGUUUCUCUGUGUCCUCACUCCGUGCUCUUGCUCAGAUUCUGUCCUUGUCCUUGCUGGACUUUGGAUUUUAACCAGGAUCUUUAAGCUGCCAUCAUUUUUAGUACAGCUCAGCCUUAGAAUUGGAUUUCAAGCAGCCUCAGGCCUGUGGGGGAUCACAUUCUGACCUGUCCGUGCUCCUCAAAAACCCCAAACCUUGAGUGUGUGCCUGUGGUAACCCUCAGGAUGGCUGGGAAAUGUUGGGAUCUGGACUUUUAACCCAAGGGCUAAUUUGUUGUUACUUUGUUUAAUUAUUUGCUUUCAAUAAUGCAUCUCUUUUGGUUUGGAUUGAAGUAAAUUAUUUUGCUUCUUAAAUAACUUUUUUAAAGAAUAAACUUUGAAUUCUUUGGU